AUAUACGAGGAGUAGAGCCUUGCGUGCCCCCACCCCCCUUGACCACCCACCCUCCCCUCCCCUUGGCCUUGGCGACUCCCACACACUUGCCCAACCAACCAACCACACACGUCCCACGGCUCUCCUCUUCCUCUCGCCUUGUAGGAGCGAGCACUACUACUUUGCCGCACCCAACCACCGACCAUCAAAGUCUCCCUUCCCAAUCUCAACCAAGCAAGCAACCAACCCCAAAUCCCAUCCCCGGAACCACCAGGAGGAAGAAGGCCAAGGCGAUGAAGAGGGAGGGGUACCAGCACGGCGCCGUCAGGGUCAACCGCAACAAGCUGCUGCGGGUCGCCGGCGGCAGGAACGGCGACGGCGCGGCGUUGGAGCUCGUCGCCGGCGCGGCGUACGCGAGGGCGCCGACGAAGCCGACCAACGCGUCGAGGGACACGGGGGGCAGGUGCCGCCGGCCGCGGUGCGCGGGGUGCCACCAGCACCCGCCCGCCGCCGCCGCCGCAUCCACCACCAAGGCGCGGGACAAGGCCAAGGGCGCGCGCAAGCUGCGCGCCGCCGACGUCGCGCUCAACCACCGCCUCGUCUCCUGGCGCGUCGUCGGCGGCGCCGGGGACGGCCCGGCCGCCACGGGCGGGUACAACUACAGGGGCGCCUCCGCGUCCGCCGUGCUCGCCCACCUCGCCGGCGGCAACAGCUGGCACGCCGAGGACGAGGAGGACGACGACGACGCCGAUCUCGAAGCCGCCGCCCCGAGGGGCAUCUCCGACCUGUACGACCUCAUCGUCGGCCUCCAGGCCGCGCCGGGCGUCCAAGGCGAAGACGCCGAUCGCACAGCAGCAGCAGACACCGACGAAAUCGAGGAGCACGAUGCUCAGACCACCGACGAUGUCGACGACGAGGACGAGGAGGAGGACGACGACGGGUUCUGCGUGGUGCGGGGCAUCACCAUCGCGCUCGAGUUCUCCGACGGGGAGGAGGACUGGAUCGUGGUCUGAUGAUCGGAUCUCAUCUCAUUCGUUUGCAAAUAAGACGGCGUGCAACAGAGGUCAGCCGCCCGCACCCCUCUGCCUCUGCUGCUGCGCAAUUCCCUUCAAAUCUGCAUCUGCAUCUGCAUCUGCUCUGCUACUGUUAAUUCAUCGUGACCCUGUGUGUGUAUACUGCUCUGUUCCUGUUAAUUGAUCGCGUCCCUGUGUAUAUAUCUAUAUGGUCACUGUCUGUCUAAUUGUCAAAAAUUCAUGGAUUAUCAUGACCUGAAUGAAUUUAUAAAUCAUGUGUGAAUAAUAAAAUAAAAUUAAUGGA